AUGCGCACCACACGAAUCGUUAUCCUCCUCGUCUUUUUUACCGCCACCCUCUUCGUUCUCCUUCGAGCCAUAUUCUCCGCCGCCCGAGCUUCACAUGUCGUUCGUCCGAAGCCGGGAACUUCUCGAAAGUCCAUCCUGGGGCUUGUCUACUACAACCCGCCCUUCUCCCUAUUCCAGCCGAAUGCCGCCAUCAGUUUGACCGAUGACAAUAGCACGUCGUUUGCUGCGCGACCUGCCGCCUUUGGCCCCCAGUUGGUGCCGCAUGGUCUGAGCGGACAGCUCUGGGUUGGCAGCGGAUUUACUGAAGAUAGCUUUGAGUCUCAUGGAGAGCUUGGCUGCAGCGACAUCCCUGGCUGGGAGGGUGGUGCCAGUCCCCAAGCAAUACUGAAGUCGUCGAUCAAAUCAGUCGUCUCGCAUCAUUCACCUGUCGAAAGCAAACCCGGUGGAGGCAAGAAGAGUGCCAAAGACACACCAAAAGAACAGGAGCUGGACAGUGAGGCACCCAAAAUCCCGCGCGGUGUCGAUGACGGCACCGACAAUUAUUUGCACGAAGCGGUUCGCAGUUCCCUCGCGCGCCGUGACACUCCAAUGUCAUCGCACGCCGAUAUUCAAUCUAUGCAAGAAUCGGCAGAAAUUGAAGGCAAGGUUGUUCUCUUGAUGCGCGGGGGUUGCGGAUUUUUGGAAAAAGUCAUGUGGGCACAGCGCCGAGGCGCCGUUGCCGUUAUCGUUGGAGACAACCAGCGUGGAGGUCCACUGGUAAACAUGUUUGCGAGAGGUGAAGAUGCGGAAAAUGUCACUAUCCCGUCCGUUUUCACAGCGCGAACCACGGCACAGCUUCUGUCAUCCCUUACACAACCUGGUAGCUUCAUUGAGGAUAGUAUCGAUGAGAGCGGAAAUCCAGUAUUGAAGUUGCUCAAAGCAAGGCAAAGCCGACAACGACGGAAAAUUUCGGAUAGUAUGAAGGGUACCAAAAAGCAACAACCACACAAGCCAGUCAAAGCUGUGGGGGACGAGUUCCGUAUCGGCGUUCAAGACUGGCGUGAUCCAGAUCUAGUUGACAAGUCACGUCCAAGCGGCAAGGUCAACGCCGCCACAGACUCUCGGAAACCAGGAAACAAAUAUACGAGCAAGCUUUCGGGCAAGGAUACGAAAUCCCGUGUCGAUACCGACUCCCUUGAAAGGUCCGGCAAUGGCCAUGGACUUUUAACAAAACUAUUUGGGGAUGAACAAGCUGGUGAAGGUGACGAGAUUCUCGCUGCCGAAAUUGACGACAAGAUCGAAGCCCCAAAACCCGAUGAGCCAACCCCUGAACCUCAUCAUGGCCUCUGGGUCACCAUCACACCAAACAGCGGCACCAGCCCCUUCUUCGACACGUUGCUUGUUCUUGUCGUCAGUCCUCUAGUCACUCUCAGCAUCGUCUAUGCCUUGUUGAUCCUGCGAGCACGUAUUCGUCGCCGACGCUGGCGGGCUCCAAAAUCCGUGGUCGAGCGCUUGCCAGUGCGCACCUAUCAUACUGUGGCAACAACUCCUAGCAUCGCUUCUUCUCCGAUCAAUUCGUCACCUACAACCCCUCUGCUUCAGCAUAGCCCAUCAAGGCCAAGGCCACGCUCUCGCACGACCACUGGCGUCCCCGAAAGUGAUAACCUCACAGUUCCCAGUGCAUCUAUCCCCACUGCUUCGAGCGGAUCUCGACAACGAGCGGGAAACGAGCACGAAAAGGGGUCCAGCGGCUUUUCUGCUGAAUGGCGAAAGUACAUGGGACGGCAAGUUGAGUGUGUUGUUUGCCUGGAAGAGUACGUCGACGGCGUCAGUCGUGUGAUGAGCCUGCCCUGCGGCCAUGAAUUCCACGCCGAGUGCAUUACCCCCUGGCUUACAACUAGACGCCGAACGUGUCCUAUCUGCAAGGGCGAUGUGGUCCGCUCUCUCGCACAUUCAUCUCGAUCCAUGCCGCGAUAUGAGCCGUACCGCGAGGACAGUGAUGAUGAUGUGGUGGCAUCUUCGAGCCUAGAAUCAGACGUUGAGCAGGGUAUCAGCCCAUCAGUACCACAAAAUGGUCAAAGCUCAUCGCGUGGCGAUGGGUGGUUUGGGGCGUUUUCUCAAAGCCUUGGUAAUGGCUGGCAACGCGUGCCUUCCAGAUCACCAUCUCCAGCCCCUCGCCGGUCAAAUCCGAACUCUUAG